AUGGUGCACUCAGCGGAUUCCAAGCUUCGACCUGUUCCGGAUGGACGUCCGCACACAUCAGACAAGGGUACGGGAGCCAAAGAGAACGGGAAAGUAAAUGGUCGAUCUGAAAAAAGACAUCAACAGCAUCUGGAUGGCAUCAGAAGCACGCGACAGGCUGAGGAAGAUGACCCAAAUGUAGAGGGAGAGGAAGAGGAAGAGGAGGAAGAGGCAGGCAAGGAUAACCAGGCGGAUGACGAGCAACAGAAACACAUGUAUAUUACUGCACAACACACGAAGAUCUUUGAGCAGUACUACCGUCUUAAAAUCUUUACAAACAGACCUCUAAAAGACUGUUUUCCGACCUCAACAGAUUUUGAUGAUUUUGUCAGCACUUAUGACUCCGUUUUCAAUGCUUCCGGCGACAACCAACAAACUCUGCUUCACCAACUUGCGGCGAAGCCCAAAGGACGCCUUCUUGUUGCUUGGCUGGUAGACAGGUAUCCAGAGCUCCCUUUGAAAGAAAACGCUGAAGGUAACACGGCCUUGUAUGUUGCAGCGGCGUCAAACAAGAAAUGGUUUAUCAAAACUAUACUUGAAACUAGUCCCCUUAGGCUCUCUGCUCUAGGGAAGCCAGGAAAGAAUGGAACUCCACUACAUAAACUCUUCGUCCAGUCAACAAUCCCUGAGGUUAAUGUUCUUCACAAGGCCUUGAAGGCUGAACUAGACCCCCAACAACAGAAUUAUAAUCUCGUCAAGGAAAUAUUUCGCCGUAAGGACAAAGAGGGAUUGUUGCCAUUGCAUGUGGCAAUAAAUACAACCGCAAGAUACAACGGCCAAGACCAAGAUGAUAUCAAAAAGCUCACCAAUCUAGUGAACUUGAUUUUGCGUCACGAUCCAACCGUCCUCAAUGAAGUCGACGGUCAGGGUAAAACCCCGUUGCACCACGCUAUCAGCUCUAUUAGUAAAGCCGACUACAACAAACUGCCGCCCAAUAUCGAACAUCUCAUCUCCUGGGUUCGUGAGGUUAUUUACAUUUGUCCAGGAGCGUUCUUUCAGUGCGCCAGCGACGGUAGGCUUCCCUAUCUUUUUCUAGAAACCGCAAAGGAAAAGCCGGCCUGCCAAGAGCUAGUUGAGGAGAUGAAACGGCUUUACAUACGGGAGUCUUUUAGCUACAAAGAUGUCUUCUAUUCCGAAUGGGACGACAAAGAAAAAGUUGUUAAGUUGCUAUCAGACGCGGAAAAGAGUGUCUAUUUUGAUUUAUCCACCAUAUCCGAAAAAAACCUGUCAUAUGCCUACUUCCAGGACCUAACCAAACAUAUCCGAUUUGAAACGAUCCUGCAUCAUGUGGACCUGCCAGACCUCACAGUCACCGGUGGGGAGAACCUUUUCAGUGAAGAGCCAGAGAAAAGCCGUUUUCAAGCCAUCCAAACUCUAAUUGGGCCUGUCGACUUUCUUAAAAUCUUCGGGUGGUUGCGAACAAAUGGUGUCAAAAGAAUCAUUGAGGUCCAUGUAACAGACUCUCUUAGUGCCUACCAUUGUGACGAGGCCAUUGAAAUGGCCCUUGAGGGGUUUGAAAUCGAGAAGCUAGAUUGGGAACGUGAUGAUAUUUGCAGUGAUGUUUUUUUCAACGCCACCCCAGAUUUGAGAAAAGUGGAUUUAACAGUCCGAUGGGGUACUAUUUCUGAAGGCAAAAUCAGGAGUUUUGUAGAACAGUUCAAACAGAACCUGCAGAGUCACAGACACGAGAUCGAGGUUGUUGAUAGGACAAUGAAAACCCGCGUCUCUAGUCCGCAGGGCACACCAGCUGAGAACAUGACGACGGCUGGCAGCAACCACCCAUGGCUGUACUAUAUGGAUGAAUUUGCUGUGGCCCUCAAAAACAAUCACUGGCACUUCCAAGGCCAGGUACCGGAGGUGAAAGUAGCCAUCAUCGAUGACGGAAUCGAUUCCUCCCUCUCCAGCAUACGGGAAAAUAUCGUCACUGGAACCACCUUUCAUUGCAAGCCUAGCCGGUCAGAUCGCCCAGUUGACUACUGGACGUCACCGGGGGGACACGGAACGGAAAUGGCAAAAAUGGUCUGUCGAAUCUGUCCUACAGCGCGAUUGUACAGCAUCCGUCUAGGCGAAGGGCAUGGUGAAAAUGGGAAACGUCAAAUAAAAAUUGAUACUGCAAUCAAGGCCGUAAAGUGGGCUACGAACGCUGGUGUCAACAUUAUUUCUAUGAGCUGGAGCAUUAAUCGAAGCAACAUCGACCAAGGAAAAGUCGAAGAGUUUCAGCAGUGCAUUAGGAACGCAUAUGACAGGGGAAUCACUAUGUUUUGUGCCGCGAGCGAUCUUGGUAAUGUCAGCAGAUCUUCACAAGACAUUGAUAUUCCCGCCGGCUUUACGGACCCUUUGAGAAUCGGAACGGCGACAGUUGAAGGUGAAAUGUCAUCAGUUACAGGCCAACAGACAUUAGACUUUUAUCUCCCAGGCCAAGGAAUUUCACUAGGCCAAGGUGGACCUUCUGAGCAACUUGGAUCUGGUAGCUCACUAGCCACGGCUGUGGCGGCCGGUUUGGCGGCAUUGAUACAAUACUGUAUGGGUAUUGUAGCUCUCGAGAAGAACCAGCAGCCUAGUUUUAAGUCAGAUGAUAUGAAACACGCUUUCAGAAUUAUGGGCACUAGAAAGCCGAACAUCCCGGAGGUUGACUCACUGUUUGGCGGCGCAAAUUUGCUGGACACACCUACAGAAAUGAUGAAGCGUUACCGAUUCAUUGCAGACAAGCUGCGGCAACAACCAGGAUUUCCAAGAUAG